UUGUUAUAGAAACCAAGAUGUUCGUAUUUCCAUAAAUAAAAAUAAAUACUAACCGAAAAUAAAUGAUUGGCGAAAGGCCCACACGAACAUACAAACAUAAUACACACAGAACAAUAAAGAUGCGUAUAUAUACAUUGCGAAACAGAGAUUAGAGAGAGCUUCGACGCCUCUCAGCUUCGCCGAAUAUCACGGUGGCUAAUACUGAAAGGAAAAAGAAAAAAAACCCAUAAUAUGGCAAACCACUAACCCUCAUAACAAAAUUACCAAAAAAAAAAAACCAACUCUUUCUCUUCUCUCUCUCCCUCUAAAUAUACAUUCUUUGGCGCUUUUCCGAGAUUGAUUUUGCUUCUCAGGCGGCGAUAUGUCGGCGGCCGGCGUUAGCCCUUUGGCCGUUGCACCAAUCACUGCCGGACCCACCACCACACGCCGUCGUGUCGGGGAUUCCCUUGAGACCACCUCAGAACGACCCUCGAUUUCCUCCGAUUACUGCAACAUAGUCAACAUCUCCGUCUCGCCGGAUUUAGACGACGGAGAUGCCAUUGGACAAAACGGCGCGUGUUCCUCACCUUCCUCUAUGGGUUCCUCGUCGAGCGGAUCCCAUUACCACCACGAUCAUCACUACCACCACCAUCACCCCACGAUUCGGUACCUCCUCCUCCGUAAACUCAAAUUGCCGUUUCUAUGCGACGGUGGUGGAUCGACGGCUGUGGUGGGCCAAGGAUUCUGCUCUGGGAGAAACGUUGGCCGUCGGAUCUUGGGUCUCCUCAUGGUUCUCGUCGUCGCUUCUCUCUUCCUCAGAGUCUCUCUCAUGAGUGGCCGAGUCGUUGACCACGCUCACCGGAGGGAUUUGAACGAGCUCGUCGUCGUUAGGACGCUUCACGAAGAUUGGUCCAUGGCUCAACGCGCAAUGACGGAGAACGUCGCUUUUGAGAAGCUUCCCAUUCCAGAGAUAUGGCAGAAACCUGAAAUCGGAAAUUAUCGCCAGUGUGCGUCACGUCCCAAGAACCCUUCACGGCUGCGUAGGAAAACCAACGGUUAUCUUCUAGUACACGCGAAUGGAGGAUUGAAUCAGAUGAGAACUGGGAUAUGUGACAUGGUUGCUGCAGCAAAGAUUAUGAAUGCGACUCUUGUUCUUCCUCUCCUCGACCAUGAAUCUUUCUGGACUGACCCGAGCACUUUCAAAGAUAUCUUUGACUGGAGACACUUCAUGAACGUAUUGAAAGAUGACGUCGACAUUAUCGAGUACUUGCCUCCUCGUUAUGCAGCCAUGAGACCUCUCCUCAAGGCUCCUGUUUCUUGGUCCAAGGCUAGUUACUACAGAAGCGAGAUGCUCCCAUUGUUGAAAAAACAUAAAGUGAUCAAGUUCACACACACCGAUUCACGUUUGGCCAACAAUGGCUUGCCACCAUCAAUCCAACGGCUGAGAUGCCGUGCUAAUUACCAGGCGUUAGGUUACUCCAAGGAGAUUGAAGAUUUUGGUGAAGUUUUGGUUAACCGGUUAAGAAACAACAGUGAACCCUUCAUUGCUCUGCACUUGAGAUACGAGAAAGACAUGCUUGCCUUCACAGGAUGCAGCCACAACCUCACAGCUGGAGAAGCUGAAGAGCUGAGGAUCAUGAGGUACGGUGUUAAACACUGGAAGGAGAAAGAGAUUGACAGCAGAGAGAGGCGGAUCCAAGGCGGUUGUCCGAUGUCUCCCCGUGAAGCGGCGAUAUUUCUAAAGGCCAUGGGGUAUCCUUCUUCCACGACUGUGUACAUAGUCGCCGGUGAGAUCUACGGAGGAAACAGCAUGGAUGCUUUCAGAGAAGAGUACCCAAACGUCUUCUCUCACUCAAUGUUGACGACUGAAGAAGAGUUAGAGCCCUUUAAGCCAUACCAGAACCGCUUGGCUGCGUUGGAUUACAUCGUAGCCCUCCAGAGCGACGUUUUCGUGUAUACGUACGAUGGGAAUAUGGCUAAGGCUGUGCAAGGUCACAGGAGAUUUGAAGGGUUUAAGAAAACUAUCAAUCCAGACAGGUUAAAUUUUGUUAGACUGAUAGAUCAUUUAGACGAAGGAGUGAUGUCUUGGGAUGAGUUUUCUUCAGAGGUGAAGAGGUUACACAGAGACAGGAUCGGUGCGCCUUAUGAUAGACUCUCCGGUGAGUUCCCUCGGCUUGAGGAGAAUUUCUACGCGAACCCACAACCAGAUUGCAUCUGUAACAAGUCUCACCCUGAGCAACUCUGGAAACCAAAUCUGAGAACAAAGUCUAAUAGAUGGAAAGAGAGUGCUUCAAGAUAAGAAGAAGAACACAAAACACUGAACAGAGAAGAGACAUUCAAACACUUUUUGUAGCCUUCUUGUACAAUAUAGGAAAGAAGAAGAACGAUUUCUUGGAAGAUUCGUCACACACACACACACACAAAUCUUGUAGAAUCGAAUUCACUAUACAUCAUGAGUAUCAAUGAUAUAGCCAUUUUUUGUUUUCUGUUGUGUCUCUUUCGAGCAGCUGAUUGAACAAUCCCAAAACUAAUAGAGAUAUAUAAUUGAUCCAAUUCCUUGUACAUUGGAUUACGGACCAUUAGUCUUUUCAUCA